AUGGUUGUCACUACGGUUUCAGCUUCUUGCAAACGAAAAGAUGUUAUGGGAGGAAAAAAGGCUAGAGUGGAAAAAGGGAUACUUAAAGGUGAAAUUAAAACGGGUAAGGGAUUAAACCAAGAGGUUUCCCUAGCACGAGCCGGUGAUAUGCGAUGGGGUUCACAUCAUAGAACCAUCAUCAGUUUGCUUAGAUUGUUUCCGGAAGUUGUUACCGUACUUCAAUAUGUUAAAGAAGAUGGAGAUUGCAGUCAACAAUGGACAAAUGCAAAAGACAUGACGGAAAGUUAUGGUAAUCCAAGAAACAGAAAGAAUGAAUUUGGAAAUCGUUUUAGUGAGGUAACAAGUAGUUUGAUAAAAAGUAUGUCGGGUUUAAAUCCUUCUAAUGGUUUUUCUAAGUUUGACCCAUCGAAGAUAUUUGCGUUUGCUAAGAUCUACCCAAAUGAUUUUACUACACAAGAAAUCGCGAGUCUUUUGGGUGAUACUAAGUCAUUUCGUCACACAAUAAGCAAUGAUGAUAACUUUGAAUACUUCAAUGGAAUAAGUGAUCUUGCGUGUGUUAUGGUUGAAACAGAAACCCAUAGUUCUUAUCCUUAA